AUGGCUCACCUCUGUCAUGGGCUUGCAGGUGCCAACAAUGGCAGCCUGCCACACGCAGUGGCCCACCACGGCCACCGGGACACCGACGAAGCUGGGAGCAGCCUCCACGCGACCGUCGCGCCGAGACACCCCAAGAUCCGCCGUCCUCCGCGCAACCUCCGUGCCGAGGCAAAGCCGGCCGCCCCAACCCCUCCACCACCGCGUCCCGGGGCCGCCGCCCCGUGCGUGCCGGCGCCGGCGAGCACCGGCUCCGAGCGAGGCCCGGAUCGGGCCCUCCCGGGCCCGGUUCCGGCCCCGCCCGCCAACGAAGCACCUCGCCGCCGCCCAUGCCGCACGUCGCCGCGCCGGCCACCUCCCACGCCGGUGCAAGGCCCGGAUCGAGCCCUCCAAGCCCGGAUCCGGCCCGCACGGAAGAGGCUGGAGCACCCGCCGACGUCGCUCGGGCCGUGGCACCGCCCCGCACGGCCACCACGGCCGCCGAACCUGCCGAAGAUGUCCGGGGCCGCCGCCCGCGCGCCGUGCUCCGCCGCCGGCAGCCCGCCGUCCGGGCGUCGCGCCGCUCCAGCCGGAGACCCCCGCGCACGAGGGAGGAGGGCCCGCCGCCGCCGGCUACCAGACGGGCUUUGCCCGCUGGCUGCGCCUGGCGGCGACGAGGGGAGCAGACGGAGGAGCCCAUUCAUCCAGGAUUCCAGGCCGUCCAUCCGUCGUCCCACAGGUAGCAAUGUCCACGAGCGGUUCUUCCAGGCCGUGUGGUCCUAG